AUGUCGAACUAUUCGAUUUCUCUUCCUUCUACAUCAUCGUCUGUGCCGUCCUCGUCCUCGCCAUCACGGCGUACCAACACACUUGCAGUGACCUCGUUACCCAAGACUUUCUUUCACCCUGUCAUCCUCACCGUAUUGAAGUCUCACUUUGAAACAUACGGCGAAAUCAACCAAUGGGUACCUCUACCAGGAUUUGGACGGAUUAUCGUGGUUUACACUGAGGAGGAGCAUGCGGAAGUCGCUAAGACUGAGUGUGACCCCAUUAUCCUUCGGGGUACUUCAGACAUAUCACAAACUAUCUUGCGCGUAUACAGAGCUGAUCCCAACCCCUUGAUCACAGACUUUGGCCAAGCAGUGCCCGAAGCCAACUUCCUACGCCCACCCGCAAUCGAAAAGAACUUCCUCAUCUCACCACCAGGAUCGCCACCUGUGGGCUGGGAGCCUAUCAGGGAGGAACCACCCAAUGCGGCGCCACUUGCUGACGACCUGAUCAACGCACUCAAGCUUCUCCAGGUGCAGGAGCGUGGGCCUAGUGUGGAAGUGCUGAUACGCCCUGAGGACUCCUGCGUGGGCGUCUUCGUAGAGGACUGUGACCGGUGUGAAUACGAUGAAGAUAUUGAGGAGGAGGAUUGGGUGUACGGCCAGACGGCCCCUACCAGGACGAAGUGGCGGCCGAUGGUCACUGCUAUGCCCCCUCUA